CUCAGAGAAAUAAUUCAAAAGGUUUUAGAAACUAGAGAGUGUUUUCUAUCCAAUAGUAAUAAUAAUAUGCAUAUUGUACGAGCAAGAAUUGAGUAAGAGGCAGUUUAAUUUGGGAACGAAUUUUUACAAAGUCGAAAUGAGCUAUUGACAAAAUUAAAGUUCAAUUCGUAACUAAAUAGUUUUUUUUCUUUCUAUUGGAAUGAUUUAAAUCUUUUGAAAUUGUCUCCUUAUGAUAAGGUAAAAGGUUUAUGUUUCAGGCUCCAUAUGAUAUGGUAAAUAUAUCCAAUGCAAAAAACAAUAACAUUUAAAUGGUAUUAAUAUUACAUUUGCAUAUAUUUCCAUUAAUUCCCAUAUAUUCCCGUUAAUUCCCACGGAAAGUUUCCACCUCUGAAUAUUCCCUAAAAUGUGCAACCCUGCUUCCAAUACACAUUGCCUGUGAGCGUCAGAGGUGAACCAGUUGCAUACACAGCUCGAGCAAGACAUUCAUCAGCAUUUCUCUGACUACGUUCCUCCAUUGAGUCAAAAAAACUUCUGAUUCCAGGAGGACCAUGAGCUGUUGCUAUCGACAAGGGGUGUGGUUUUGGCGAGGGCAUGGAGCACCCUGUACACAGAGGGGAGACGAUGUCCCUCGGACUGCACGACAGGUACUGUGCAAUAUCCCUCGUGGAGGACGACGACCCUCACAUGAAAGUGUCGCUGGGGUGUGGUGACAUGGGCAUCUCUGCCCACCUACAGGCUUCAAAAACCGGAAACACUCGCUUCUUUACGAGCAACACGCACAGCUCAGUGGUCCUUCAGGGAUUUGACCAGCUGAGGAUAGAGGGAUUACUGUGUGAUGUCACACUGGUGGCGGGGGACGGAGACGAAGCCUUCCCAGUGCAUCGCGCCAUGAUGGCCUCCUCCAGCGACUACUUCAAAGCCAUGUUCACAGGUGGAAUGAAGGAACAGGAUUUAAUGUGCAUCAAGCUUCAUGGUGUCAACCGAAUAGGCCUGAAGAAGAUCAUAGACUUCAUCUACACGGCCAAGCUGUCUCUCAACAUGGAGAACCUGCAGGACACACUGGAGGCAGCCAGCUUCCUCCAGAUCCUCCCCGUGCUCGACUUCUGCAAGGUCUUUCUCAUAUCUGGGGUGUCCCUGGAUAAUUGUGUGGAGGUGGGGCGCAUCGCUAACGCAUAUAACCUCACUGAGGUAGACAAAUACGUCAACAACUUCAUCCUCAAGAACUUCCCCUCGUUGCUGGGCACGGGGGAGUUUGUCAAGCUGCCCUUUGAGCGGCUGGCCUUCGUUCUGUCCAGUAACAGUCUGAAGCACUGCAGCGAGCUGGACCUGUUCAAGGCUGCAUGCCGCUGGCUCCGCUAUGAGGACGGACGCAUGGACCACGCCCCCAAGCUUAUGAAGAACAUCCGCUUCCCCCUCAUGAACCCCCAGGAGCUCAUCAACCACGUGCAGACUGUGGACUUUAUGCGCACCGACAACACAUGCGUCAACCUCCUCUUGGAGGCCAGUAACUACCAGAUGAUGCCCUACAUGCAGCCAGUCAUGCAGUCAGAGAGGACGGCCAUCCGCUCAGACAGCGGCCACCUGGUCACCCUGGGCGGCGUCCUGCGCCAGCAGCUGGUGGUCAGUAAGGAGCUGCGUCUGUUUGACGAGAAGGCCCACGAGUGGAAGGCGCUGGCGCCCAUGGACGCCCCGCGCUACCAGCACGGCAUCGCCGUCAUCGGAAACUUCCUCUAUGUGGUGGGAGGCCAGAGCAACUAUGACACCAAAGGCAAGACGGCGGUGGACACGGUGUUCCGGUACGAUCCGCGCUACAAUAAGUGGAUGCAGGUGGCGUGCCUUAACGAGAAACGCACCUUCUUCCACCUCAGCGCCCUCAAAGGACACCUCUACGCCGUGGGCGGCCGCAACGCUGCGGGAGAGCUGGCCACGGUGGAGUGCUAUAACCCGAGGACAAACGAGUGGACGUAUGUCGCCAAAAUGAACGAGCCACACUACGGCCACGCAGGGACGGUGUACGGCGGUUACAUGUAUAUUUCAGGGGGAAUCACUCACGACACGUUUCAGAAAGAGCUGAUGUGCUUUGACCCAGAUGCAGACAAAUGGACUCAGAAAGCGCCCAUGACCACGGUGCGGGGCCUGCACUGUAUGUGCACGGUGGGCGACCGCCUCUACGUCAUCGGAGGGAAUCACUUCCGGGGCACCAGCGACUACGAUGAUGUGCUCAGCUGCGAGUACUACUCCCCGGCCCUGGACCUGUGGACGCCCAUUGCCGCCAUGUUGCGGGGCCAGAGCGACGUGGGCGUGGCCGUGUUCGAGAACAAGAUCUACGUGGUGGGUGGCUACUCGUGGAACAACCGCUGCAUGGUGGAGAUAGUGCAGAAGUACGACCCGGAGAAGGACGAGUGGCACAAAGUGUUUGACCUGCCUGAGUCGCUGGGCGGGAUCCGAGCCUGCACACUGACCGUUUUUCCCCCAGAGGACUUGAUGGGCUCCCCCUCCAGAGAGUCACCCCUCUCAGCACCUUGAAGAAUGGGGGUGGGGGGGGGAGUCCACCCCGCUCCGCUCACACCCCCACAACCCCCCACACUCCAUAGACAUUGUUUGCACUUUUGGACUACAUCUGUACUGCAUCCCGAUACACCCCUUCCUCCCCCAGAGCUGUGCAGAACCCCCCCCCUAGUGAUGAAAUCCACAUACCGAUAUGGUUUGGCAACCUAAUUAAAUGUUAAUGUUGCAUAUUCGGUAAAUUUUGGCAGGAAAUACCUUGACUUGAAGAGUGACUUUGCAAUUCAACUUUUCUACCUGAUGUCUUUGGAGUUUUACUAUGUCCUGUUUCUUUAGACGUGUUACCGGGUAAAAACCAUGCUGUUGAUGACCAUACUGACGCUCUUAGUCUGUGCCAGGUUAGGGGCAGUUGACCCCCCCCCAGAGGGGCAAAAUAGGGGCAGCUGAGGUCCACACAGAUGUGGUUUUAAACUCGGGGCCCUUCACCCCCUCUCUUCUUUCAGUUUCAGUUCUUUCCUGCUAUUGCUAUGAAACCGUUAACAAAAUUGUGUUUUCUAAAUUUAAUAAACAAGAUUUUGGAAAAAAGAA